UACUUAAACAUCUUGUGAAAUUCGCGCAAUCCCGGCAAACAGACAUAUCCGUAAAGAUGAGCACCUGGAAUCCGGAGAACGAUGUGGACCUGCUGUCCUGCUCCGAGGACGAGGAGGAUGUGGCCAUGAAGCGGGACUACCAUGGACGCGAAGCCCUGCUCUUUGUGGUGGAUGCCAAUCUUCAGACCGCCGGAAAGGAGAGACUAAUGGAUGCGCUGAAUAUCAUUCGAACUGCUUUUACAUCCGGUUUACUGGUCAGCGAUAAGGAUCUAAUAGGACUCAUCUUCGCCAAUACCAAACACAGUCCAUUGCCCCUGGAAGCGUCGGCCAUAGACAACAUCGUUGUCCCAGACAACUGUGCUGUGUUUCUGCCUCUUCGACAGCUCAACAAGGCGAUUGUGGAGCACUAUCUUGAGUUCAUGGGCGGUGUGGAGUUACAGUUUGAGAAUGAGUACGGAUUGGCCGAGCCAGAUGGCUGCGGAAGAUUCGAUCUGAUGAUCCGUCUUUGCAUAGAUCUGCUGGAGAAGUGUGGAAAGAAACUGAACAACGCCAAGAUCGCCUACAUAACCGAUGUGAGCUCGCCGCACCCACCCUCUAGCAAUGUUUUUCAGGCGGCCCUUCAGAAAGCUACAGAUUUGGAGGGAAAAGAGUUUGAAUUUCAUGUCAUUCCUAUGGUAGAUGACUUCGACUACGAACCGUUUUAUAAGGAGUUCAUUACGCUCUCAAGGGCUAUCGACAUUGACUCCUUCCAGGUGCCCGAUCCUCAGGUCCUUCGCGAGAUUUUGGCCGACCGCAAAUUGAAGCAGGACUUUCUGCGACGGUGCCUGGGCCACUUCAGCUUUUACCUUGGCCCAAACCUUUGCAUGUCGAUACAAUACUACAACUACUUCCAGAAGCACAACUACCCACGCAAGGUGCAGAUUCUCCGUCGCGACAACAACGUAGUGAGCAGCAAGCGAGUUAUCAUGGUGCAGCAAAAAGACGAGGAGUCGCAGGAGAUACAGCACGAGUAUCAAAUAAAGACCACUGGGGGAUGGUACCAAUGCAAAGUCGGAGACCAGACCUUGCGCAUCGGUAUAGAUAAGAUAAAUAGUGUGCGCAAUCUGCAUAAGCCACGGAUGAUGCUUCUGGGCUUCAAACAUCGCUCUUCGUUACCCGAAUUCAGCUACAGCAAGCCCCCAAAUUUUAUGUACCCCGAUGAUCUGAGUAUAAUUGGCUCAAAGCGUUUAUUCCGGGCCUUGUGGGAGCGUUGUCUGGCGCGAGAAAAAAUUGCCAUCUGCCUGUUCAUGAGCAAGCGUAAUUCCACUCCCCGCUAUGUUGCAUUGGUACCAGUGGAGGCUCCAGAGAGAGGUCAGGACCAGAGCUACCGCUCUCUGCUCUGUGGCGAUGGGUUCAAGAUCGUCUACCUUCCCGAAGCUAAGCAUAUUCGGCACAUUGAUAUGUGCGACUGGAACUCUGCCGGAAAUUCGGCCAGUGAUGAAGGUGUUGAGUUCUUUCAGAAGAUUAUCAAAAAGCUUCGAUUUGACUAUCAGCCGAAUCUUAUUAAUGACCCGAAUCUAGAAGCCCUGCAGGCGAACCUGCUGGCCUUGUCGCUGGAUUUUACAUCGGAAAACCCCGGAAUUGAUAAUCUGCUGGACAAAACCCAGCAAGACAAACGCAUCGAGAAAUUCUUGCCUAGCUACGAAGAGAUCUUCGGACCGGAGGUGGAACCAGCCAAGAAGCGCCCGGCCAAACCCGUCAAGGACGGGGCCACCGCCUCAAAAGUGGCUAAAAUCGACAUGGAACAGAUCAAAAGCUACGAUUUUGUGGAAGAUCUUAUACAGAAGAAGCUAAUAGCAAACUGCACUGGCCCCCAGUUGCAUCUCAUUUUGGACCAACACUUUGGGCUGAAGCUUCCUAAGUCAGCUACAAAAGCGAAAAUGCUCGCUAAGAUUGAGGAGUUGAGCGCAUAAAAAAUACUUAGAAUACAUAAUACAAAACUUAGAAUUCUACCGUAAAAAGUGAUAUGAUGUUUAUAACUGUUUAAGAUUAAGAUUAUGAUUAUUAAAUGUAUUGUUUUAUUGU